AUGCUCUCACAGACCCAACUUCUCUGGAUACUAGUGCUUUGGAUUCAGGACUCCUAUGGCCAAAUUGUUUUGAUGCAGACUCCAGAAUCUCUGUCAGUGGCUCCUGAACAGAGAGUCACCAUCAACUGCAAAGCCAGUACCAGCAUCAGCAACUACUUAGGCUGGUACCAACAGAAACCAGGACAAGCACCUAAGCCACUUAUCUAUGAUUCUACCAAUCGUGUCUCUGGGAUCCCAGCCCGGUUCAGUGGCAGUGGGUCUGGGACUGAUUUCACUCUCAUAAUCAGCAGCUUUGAAACUGAAGAUGCUGGAGAUUAUUACUGUCAUCAACGCCUCAGUUACCCUGUCACAGUGAUACAGACCAUUACAAAAACCUCCCUGUGGACAGAGCGUGCUCUGUGCUUAUUGCUCAGUGACAAGCAUUUCCAGCCAUCGCCUGCCAAGAUGAUCUCACAGAUUCACGUUCUCUGGCUGCUGGUUCUCUGGGUUCAUGGUUCAAGUGGGCAGACUGAGUUAACUCUGACUCAGACUCCAGAAUCUCUAUCCGCGUCUGUGGGGGAAACAGUAACUAUCACGUGCCGAGCCAGUUUUAGUAUUGCUACCUACAUAAGCUGGUACCAACAGAAACCUGGGCAAUCGCCAAAGCUUCUUAUCUACAAGGCUAGCAGCCGCCCAUCUGGGAUCCCCGCCCGGUUCAGCGGCAGUGGGUCUGACACCGAUUUCACUCUCACCAUCAGUGGAGUUGAAGCCGAUGAUGCUGGAGAUUAUUACUGUCAGCAGUCCAGCUACAGCGUCCCUAACACAGUGAUACAGACCAAUACGAAAACCUUCGCAGUGUCCCCAGUGUGCAAGGCGGUUGGUUGCCUUUGUGUGAACAAAGCUUGCAAAGUUUCCUGUCAGUAG